AUGAACGGCGAUGCUGGUCUCGUCGGCUGCCUGGUCGAUAGGCUUGCCACCAGAGACGACGUUGUCCUCAUCACGAGGUCGACGCUUGUCAAGAUCAGCACCUCGGCCGUCGCCUUUGUUCUCGAUUCCCUCAUUGCACUGCUCGAAGACAUAAUACGAAACUACAAAGGCCUUCCUCCGCCCGCCCACCCUCCUCAUGUGCUCCUUUCCGAAGUUUACGUCCUUGCCCUCGCUGCCGACUGCUGCACCGCCCAUUGGGACCAAGUCAAGGCACAAGGCAUACGUCAGCCUUCUGCCGAUGCAGACACUCGUCGUGUUACCUCAGCAAACCUCGCAAACGUUCCCGAGCCGUUAGACGAAGCCCUUGUCAAUCGCGUCUUUGACUUGGUCAGAUGGCUUGUUGAACCCAUUCCCGAGGGCUAUGUCUUACCCUCAUCUACCAUUCUAGACGAUACCUCGAGACACGCCGACUCCAUAGCCCGCUCCUCGGGCGGGCUUGCCUCGCCGCUCCCCGGUGAUGCUGACGCUGCCGAGGACGACGAAACCCUGCCCACUACCCAAUUAGCCGUGUUGGAACCUUGCAUUAGAAUCAUUGUGGAAUACGUCACGGCCUCUACAUGGUCUUGCUCUUUUGACUACUUCAGGAACGUCGUAUAUACCGUUCGCACUGCAGCUGUAGUGCAAGCUGCUCCCGGUCAGUCGGCCGCUACUCCCGACGACGACAAGGCCUCCCUGGCGGUGCUUAAGAUCCUGUCCUUCUUCUGGGUUGACGCCCAAAAGCUGGGUCUAAUAAUCCAGGAGAUAUGCUCCAGCUUCCUGCAUUUCCGCAAAUCCUUCCAAAAUACCGUUGCUGUCGUCGCCCCCUUGCUAGUCACCAGGUGGCUUGAUCGCUACCCACAUGAAUUUGUGCAGCAGCACACUUUACACAGGCGUCUCGACGGCGGCGCCGAUACUCUGUUUGACAUGACACAGACGGUCGUUGACAAUGGUCGCAAGAAAGGGGUUCUAUACCCUUUGCAGACCACGUUGUUAUUCCUACUACCCGAUGUUUUCGAGGUGGCUAGUAAUCUCCGCGAGGCUAAGAGUAGCAGUAUGGCUAAGAAGGUCGGCUUUCUAGACAACUUAAGAAAGGCCCUGAGGAACAAGAACGAACAGGCUGCUUACUCGCUGGUGUCCCUCUUGAGGGCAUCUCGCCACUUCGUUGCCGAAGACGAUGCCGCAUUGGUGAGCUACGCCAUGGAUGUGCAAGACGAGGUCCGCGAGGCUGUCUUUCGGCGCGGCAACGAGUCCUCCUUAUUUGAUCAAGACUUGAUGACAGCUGCGUUUGUCAGCCUCGCUGAACUGAGUCUAGAAAGUUGUGUCGAUUCACUAAGAGAGUCAUAUCUCGGCCUCUCUUCCCCGCAGGCUUUCAAAACUGCCGUCGUCCAAGGCUGCCGUUACUUUGCCCGUCAAAACGACUCACAUGUUUAUGAGCAGCUUUUCGCUGUCGCGGGACCCUUCAUGCGGACGCAGCUCAAGGCCAGGUUGGUGACCUAG